AUUCUCGCACUCCCUUUGUCUCCUUGUCUGUACCAACAACCAGAACCCUAAAACAAAUCACCCUUCACCUCUGCGCCCGGUUCAAUUCCUUUCGGAUUUUUCACGCGCCGCUGUUUUCCCCCUUUUUUUAAUGGCUUGUACAUCUGCAUCGUCGACUCCGAGCUCUCCUCAGCUUCGCCUGGCCUUGCGUUACAGGGAAUGCAGGGAAUCACGCGCGGUUCUCGUGGGGACACGGGCGGGAAAGCUCGAUGGUCGACGUCUUCGCUUGCUCUCUGUUUCAAGAAGCAGGAGUAAAGGACUGGGACAACGUCGUAAUGUUGCUUUGCGGAUUGUGUCGGACUCCACUGCUGGGUCGGAUACUUUUUCCGGAUGGUCCGAUUCAGAUAGUGUUGAAGAUUCCAUUGGCUCGGGAAGGGACAGAUGGUUUGGAGGAAUUGUGGGAGCUGGAUCAGCUGGACUUGUUCUGGUAGCAGGGCUUUCCUUUGCAGCAAUGUCCCUAAGUAAUCGAAGUGCUUCGAGACCAAAGCAGCAGUUGGAACCCUUAACAGCUCAACAGGAAAUUUCAAUUGAUACUGAGGGUGAAAAAGCUGAAGAAACUGGAACUGAAACAGGAAUACAUAAGGAUCUUUCGGCCCCUUCAGAAUCCAAUGGCAAUAGUGCCAGUAAUACUGUUCCAGUUCCAGGAGACAUGCAAAAUGGUGAUUCAUCUUUGGAUGGGGAGUCAGUUUUCCCGGAAACUGAAAUUGUCGCUGGCUCUUUUGUUGCAUCAAACCUUAAAGAAUCAGAUAGCAACCUUGAUAUCGAUUCACCUGAAGCAACUUCCAAGACUGAAGACAAAUUGAUUAAUGCCCGGGAAAGUAUUGAUACUAACUUGUCUGACCCAAUAAACCUAGACAAUGAUUUUGAUGAGGGAUUACUUGGAUCAGAAGGAAAAGAUAAUUUCAAUAUCUCGGAUUUUUCUUCUAGCUCCAAUUCAGUUACUGAUCCUUCGGUUGUGAGCUUCUCAGUUAGUUCAGAGUCGGAACCAAUUGUUGAACAUCAGAUUGUACCCGAAGACAAUAUGGAAACCAUUGAAUCAUCUCUAACUGAAGAAAACAUUGAGAGCCAAAAAUUGUCUCCGCUCUUAGUUGAAAUAGAGAAUUCAUCUCUGGAAGUGAACAAGUUAAAUGAGACUGAGUCAUCUGAAACAACUCCCGUGUCAGCACCAGGUAAUUCGAUAACAAUUGAGCAAGGGGACAUUGAUUAUAAUGAAAGAAAAGAUAGCAUACCAGUUUCUGAAUCACCAACUCCAAGGAGUUCCUUCUCCCCAGCUGGUAUACCUGCUCCGUCUAUAGUUUUCUCAGAUCUACAGGGACACCCAGGGAAAGUUCUAGUUCCUGCAGUUGUUGAUCAGGUUCAGGGGCAGGCACUUUCAGCCCUUCAAGUUUUGAAGGUUAUUGAGGCUGAUGCUCUUCCUGGUGAUCUCUGUACACGUCGUGAGUAUGCUCGGUGGUUAGUGUCGGCAAGCAGUGCUCUUUCGAGGAAUGUAGUAUCAAAAGUUUAUCCUGCAAUGUAUAUUGAGAAUGUUACUGAACUUGCUUUUGAUGACAUAACAACUGAAGACCCUGAUUUUUCAUCGAUUCAAGGCUUGGCAGAGGCUGGACUUAUCUCAAGCAAGCUUUCAAAUCAAGAUUUAUUUAGUAACAAUCUAGGUCCUUUUUACUUCUCUCCUGAAAGUCCUCUAUCACGCCAGGAUCUUAUAUGUUGGAAAAUGGCCUUAGAGAAAAGACAGCUCCCAGAAGCUGACAGAAAGAUCCUCUACCAACUUUCUGGUUUCAUAGACAUUGAUAAAAUAAAUCCUGAUGCAUGGCCUGCACUCACGGAAGACUUAUCUACUGGAGAACAAGGAAUAAUAGCACUUGCUUUUGGUUGUACAAGAAUGUUCCAGCCAAAUAAGCCUGUGACAAAAUCCCAAGCUGCCAUUGCUAUUGCAACUGGUGAAGCUUCUGACGUAGUGAGCGAGGAGCUCGCUCGUAUCGAAGCUGAAUCAAUGGCGGAAAAUGCAGUAUCUGCUCACAAUGCUUUAGUAGCUGAAGUUGAGAAAGAUAUUAAUGCUAGUUUUGAGAAAGAGCUUUUGAUGGAACGGGAAAAGAUUGAUGCUGUGGAAAAAAUGGCUGAAGAGGCAAAGCAUGAACUGGAAAGGUUAAGAGCUGAGAGAGAGGAAGAGAAUAUUGCCUUAAUGAAGAACCGUGCUGCAAUUGAUGCUGAAAUGGAAAUUCUUUCAAGGUUAAGGUGUGAAGUGGAGCAGCAGUUGGAAAACAUGACGAGUGACAAAGUAGAGAUAUCAUACGAGAAGGAAAGGAUUAGCAAACUACGAAAAGAAACAGAGGAUGAAACCCAGGAGAUUGUCAGGUUACAGCAUGAGUUGGAGGUGGAAAGAAAAGCCUUGUCAAUGGCCAGGGCUUGGGCUGAGGAUGAGGCAAAAAGAGCAAAAGAACAGGCAAAAGCCCUGGAGGAAGCUAGAGAACGCUGGACGAGGCACGGCAUCAAAGUGGUCGUAGACAAUGACCUCCGCGAAGAGAGUGUUGCAGGAGAUACAUGGGUAAAUGUAGAGAAGCCAGUUGCAGUUGAAGGAACUAUUAUCCGGGGUGAAGCUUUGUUAGGAAAGCUCAGGAUAUUGGCUAGUGAAGUAAAAGGCAAAUCUAGAGAAUUCAUCAAUAAGAUUGUCCUGAGGAUGCAGCAUUUGAUUUCGGUGUUGCAGAAAUGGGCCUCCGAGGCAGGUGCAAAGGCUGAAGAAUUGAAAGAUGGGGCUGUGUCGAAGGCAAGGGGAUCAGUACAAGAGGUGCAGCGAAGCACGGCGGGAUUUAUCUCGGCCGUUAAAGAAGGUGCAAAACGAGUGGCUGAGGAUUGUCGUGUAGGAGUUGAGAAACUCAGUCAGAGGUUCAGAACAUAACCUCCAAAGAGGUCAGUAUUUUGAUGGAGACUAAUAAAUAAAUUUUGCAUCAAUUUGCUGCUGCUGCUCUAUUUU